AAACAUUUUUCCUUGCCGCACGAAAACGUGCGUACGUACAGUCCACGUCCCGCCGCCGUAAACGUCUCGUGUUGAGGGUAUCUAUCGUCGGCGGCAACAUUGGCAUUCAGCAUCGACGUCGGCGGUUCGUCGGUAGGUACGUCAUUGCGCGUUUCCCUUGACGGCCAAACUGUAAACGAGGCGGCUUUCGAUCUGCCGCCGUCUACCGUAUUGAGGCCCCCGCACGUUUGAUAAUGAAAAUAAUGAAAUACAAUUAUUAAUGAACGUCGUCGUCGCCCUAAUGUUGCUGAUACUUAUCAUAUCGUCGGCUUUUUGAUCCGUCUCCGUCGAGCCGUGCCGACUGCCAAGUACACGUAUUCGCACACUUUAUGGACUUACAUGCUUUUCGUUCAGUGUACUUUGUUGGUGCGCCGUUUUUAUUUUAGCCGGAUUUUCCGAGACCUUUCGUCGUGCGAUUUGCUUUUCCUAGACACCGGCUGUGUGUUAAGUGCGACCGGAACAAGGUUUCGGACUGUUGCUAACAAUCAAACUACUGUCAGGUUCAUUAAUCAAAUGGCGUUGCCAAGUCGGGCACGAGUUUAUGCUGAUGUAAAUUCUCACAAACCCAGAGAAUACUGGGACUACGAAUCUUAUACUGUGGAAUGGGGGCAACAAGAUGACUAUCAGUUGGUUCGGAAACUUGGUAGAGGUAAAUACAGUGAAGUAUUUGAAGCAAUUGAUGUAACUAAUAGUGAAAAAUGUGUUGUGAAAAUAUUAAAGCCCGUAAAAAAAAAGAAAAUCAAAAGAGAAAUAAAAAUUCUUGAAAAUUUGAGGGGUGGUACCAAUAUUAUAUCGCUGCAAGCAGUGGUAAAAGACCCAGUAUCUCGUACACCUGCUCUUAUAUUUGAGCAUGUUAACAAUAUGGACUUUAAACAACUCUACCAGACGCUGAAUGACUAUGAUAUUAGAUUUUAUCUCUAUGAGUUGCUCAAGGCAUUGGACUAUUGCCAUAGUAUGGGCAUCAUGCAUCGUGAUGUAAAGCCUCACAAUGUUAUGAUCGACCAUGAAAAUAGAAAAUUGCGGUUAAUUGAUUGGGGUUUAGCAGAGUUCUAUCAUCCUGGUCAAGAAUACAAUGUCCGGGUUGCCUCCAGAUAUUUCAAGGGUCCAGAAUUACUCGCUGAUUAUCAGAUGUAUGAUUACUCAUUAGACAUGUGGUCACUGGGCUGUAUGUUAGCUAGUAUGAUAUUCAGAAAAGAGCCAUUCUUUCACGGACAUGACAAUUACGAUCAACUCGUGCGUAUUGCUAAGGUUCUAGGAACAGAAGAACUAUUUGAAUAUUUAGACAAGUAUCAUGUUGAAUUGGAUCCAAGAUUUUCUGAUAUUUUAGGAAGGCAUUCAAGAAAACGGUGGGAGCGUUUUGUGCAUAGUGAAAAUCAACACCUCGUAACACCAGAAGCUUUAGAUUUCUUAGAUAAACUUUUGCGUUAUGAUCAUUUUGAACGGUUGACUGCUAGAGAAGCAAUGGAUCAUCCAUAUUUUUAUCCAGUUGUAAAAGAGCAGUCUCGAAUUAAUUUGGCCACAUCGUCUGUAUCUCCAACACCAAUUACAGCAGGUGGGAAUGGAAUAACUUCUCCAAAUGCUGUUGGCGUUCUACAGUGAGUUCCUCGAUGUGACAAUGCUGCUUUUUUGCUUUGGACAAAGUUAAUGGAAAAAAAAAAACUUAAAAAAAAAUCAACACCUUUUUCUCAGGAAUAUCACACUCAAAAACAAUUUUGUUUUUUAUUUUUUACUUGUAUUAUUUCUAUUAAAAAAAAAGGUUAUUAUUUAAU